UAUGGGGAAGGGUGGGUUUGGUAUUUCGGUGGCUUUUUUGGUAUUUUGGUGACUUUCGAAAAAUUCUUUUUAAAAAUAAGUCAGCGAAUAUUCCUCAAAAAUAAACUGCAAAAAAAUUUCCGCAAGAAAAAUCCGCAAAACUAAGUCUGCUAACAAAUAUCCGCAAAAAGGAAUAGGAAAACUUUUGGGAGUGUCCGAAAUUUACAUAAAUUUUUGUUUAUUUUUGGGUUGGGAUUGUCCGCAAGUUUUGUCCGCAAAUCUAAAUUUUUUAAGUUUUUGGGAUUUUUCUCUUAUUAAAAGUUUCUUAUAAAAAUAUGUUCAAUUUUACCUUAUUAGGUCAAAGAAAAGACAAAAAUUCUUUAUUUCUCGGUAAUUUUUAUAUUAAAAUUGUAUAAAUGCUUUAAGCAUAAUUUUUAAGAAAAAAAUUUUUUUGUGUGCAAAAAAAAGUUUUUUUUCCUUUAAUUUUUAAGGGGUUAUUGCCUUAAAUAUUUUUUAAUUUUAAUUUUGACCUUUUUAGAAUUUUAGAAAAUUAAAAAAAAAUUUUUGGAAUAUUUUCGAGAUAUUUUCUAUUUUUUCAAAAUCACUUGGACGUUCAUUUUGGAGAACUAGUGCUUUUAUUUCUACUAAUAAAUUAAUUUAUGUGAGAACAAAAAUGAAAGAAAAUGCAGCAUCUCAAACAGAAUGGAAGGCUGGUGACAAGAUUCCUUACCUAAUUUUUGCAAAAACAUUGGAACAAAUUGAAAAUACUUCUUCACGUCUAGAAAUAAUUAAAACCCUUGCAGAAUUUUUUGUUAAAGCAAUAAAUCUUUCUCCAAAUGAUUUGAGUCCAGCAGUUCAUUUGUGUGUUAAUCAACUUGGACCCGCUUAUGAAGGUUUGGAAUUGGGUAUAGCUGAUGCUUAUUUAAUUAAAGCAAUUGCUGGUGCUACUGGAAGAACGGCAAAUAAAAUCAAAGAAGAGCUUAAAAAAGGCUUGGAUCUGGGUGUUGUGGCACAGCAAAGUCGAUCUGGUCAAAGUAUGCUUUUCAAGCCAAAGCCACUUACUGUUCCAUUUGUGUUUAAUAAACUACGUGAAAUUGCUCAAAUGAGUGGAACUGAUUCUGUGGGCAAAAAAGUUGACAAAAUUCAAAGUCUAAUUCUACACUGUGUUGAUUGUGAAGCUAAAUAUUUGGUACGCUGUUUAAGUGGAAAGCUCCGUAUUGGAUUAGCUGAACAAUCUGUAAUUGUUGCCUUGGCUAAUGCUUUUACAACUUUUGAAUUGGGGGAUAAAAAAAAGAAAAUGUCUGCAGAAAAAUUAAAAGAAAGAAUGGCAGAAGAUGCACUUACAAUGAAAACUGCUUUUUGUGAAUGUCCAAAUUAUGAAAGAAUAAUUGAAUUAGUUUUAAAAUCUGGAAUUUCAAAAUUGCCCGAAGAAUGUAAAAUAACUCCAGGAAUUCCAAUAAAACCAAUGUUGGCACAUCCAACUAAAGGAAUUGAUGAAAUUUUUGAUCGGUUUGGAGAAGAAAUGUUAGCUUGUGAAUGGAAAUAUGAUGGAGAAAGAUGCCAGAUUCACCGUUUGUCAGAUGGAAAAGUCAAAAUUUUCAGUCGAAAUCAAGAAGAUUCAACAAAUAAGUUUCCUGAUAUUGUUGAACGUGUACCAAAAUGUAUUCGAGAUAAAAAUGAUGGGAAUAUAACAUUUAUUGCUGACGGAGAGGUUGUUGCUUGGGAUCAAGUGAAUAAACAAAUUCUUUCAUUUCAAGUUUUAUCUACCAGAAAACGAAAGAAUGUCGGAACUAGUGAGGAUAUUCAAGUAAAAGUUUGUGUCUAUCUCUUUGAUCUUCUCUAUUUCAACGGUGAAUCUCUUACUAGCGAAACUUUACGCGAAAGACGAAAUAAAUUGAGAGAAAAUUUUGUGGAAGAAAAUGGAAAUAUUCAUUUUGCAAAUUAUAUAGAUUCAAAUGAUUCUGAAGAAAUUAACAAAUUUUUUGAAGAAUCGAUUAAAGGAAAUUGUGAAGGUCUAAUGAUAAAAUGUCUUGAUGAUGACUCAACCUAUGAAAUUGCUAAACGUUCAAGAAAAUGGCUUAAACUUAAAAAAGAUUAUUUGGAAGGUAUUGGUGAUACUUUGGACUUGGUUGUUAUUGGUGGUUAUCAUGGAUCGGGUAAACGUGCUGGUGUGUAUGGGGGUUAUUUGUUGGCUUGUUAUAAUGAAGAAAGUGAACAAUAUGAAUCUAUUGCUAAGAUUGGGACUGGAUUUAAAGAUGAAGAUUUACAAAAUCAAUACAAACAAUUUAAGGAAUUUAUAAUUGACAAGCCUCGUCCUUAUUAUUCAUUUGACCCUUCAUUGGCACCUGACCACUGGUUUGAGCCAGCAGUAGUUUGGGAAGUUAAGGCUGCAGAUAUGUCUAUUUCUCCGAGACAUUUGGCUGCGAGAGGAUUGGUGGAUAGUGAAAAAGGCAUUUCUCUUCGUUUUCCUCGCUUUAUUCGGGAAAGAUCUGACAAGAAACCUGAAGAUGCUUCUUCAUCACAACAAGUAGCUGACAUGUAUAAAAAUCAAGAAUCUGUAAAAAAUAGACAGCCAAAAGCAGGAGAUGGAGAUGAGGAAGAAUGGGAUGAUGAAAUUUAA